CCGGGCAUCAUCCACUGUGGUUACCCGUCAAAGGCACCAGCCACGCCGCAACCGCAGAAGCCGCCGUCGAGGUAUCAGCACUCGGCAAAUUAACCGCCCGGCCGGCGUCGGAUCGGACGAUGGGGGGCAGCCUGGUGUCCAUGCUGCGGUGGCCGCCGGACCUCGGCGUGCCGAGCCUCGCGGCGCUGCUGCCGUCGUCGGCCAGCUACGCGUACGCGGCGGCGCCCCUCCGCUGGUGGCGGCCCGAGCGGCUCGCCGCGGCGGCGCGGCGGUGGCCCGAGCUGGUGCCCGACGUGCCCCCCGUGGUGGACGCCGUGCUCUGGGGCCUCGUCACCGCCGUCGAGUCCGUCGCGCUCCUCUCCAUGGUGUGCUGCUUCUUCCUCUUCUGCGGCUGCACGCUAUGACCGUGGAUCGCCGCCGCUCCCACCAUAUAUAUCAUGUAAGUAUGUAAUAAGUGUAUGAUUGCUUCUCUAGCUCUGCUCCGAAUCUCCCAUCUGUUUUUGACUAGUUCUCUUCAGAUGAUACUCCUCCACUUUGUUUGUCACGUUGACUGCACGGCAAAAUUAAUCGUACUACGAUGGUAAGAUGCCAUCAUGGUAAACUAUGUGGUGCUUAGUGCAUAGAUUUGCCAAAGAUGUUUGCUUUGCGAAGAGCAGGAAAACUCCAAGAACAACCGAACAGUGAACACCAUUGAUUUCCGUUUAUUGUUUUGAGUGACGAAUGCUUUUGGGGAUUUGAGGGAGGCGACUGGUUGGUUGGUGUGGGUGCGUGGUGGGAACGGGGGUGAGUCCAACCCUCGAAAUAUCUGAUGGUUCUUAUUUGCAGUGGAGUCAAUGAAACUACUAUAAAAUUCUUAUUUGCAGUAGUUAAUAAUACCAGUGGUUUUUGUAGUCAGACAGUGCAGUGAUGAGUCACUGAUUGCAUGUCAAGUUUUGGUGCUCGCGUGCUGUCCUAGGCCCGGGGCGCCUCAUGUACCGCAACUGUUGCAGUCAGGACCAUUCACAAAACAUUGAUAGUGUCCCCUAAAAAAAAAUACAUUGAUAGUCCUAUGCCUGGCCAAAAUCUGGCUUCAUUCCUGAGUUCACUAGCACUUUUGUUCAGAGAGCUGCUAUGCU